AACAACGGUUCCCUGGUUUGGUGCCAGAAUGACAAGCAGUGUUCAACGGUAGGAUUCCUAGACGUGGAUGUAAUACAUGUAUGAAACACACGUGUUGGACACGGGAACUCCACAAGGAGCAGGUGCACAGUUGCCCAGUGUCGCUCCCCGUCUUCGUGGAGGAACGACACAGGACCCUGCGCUGUUCUUUCGUCUGCUCGGCCCUCCCCGGGUUUGCUGCUGGUUCUUUCCGGGUUGGCUACCAUCCCUUCCACCUCCGUGGAAGGGCGGUUCCCCCUGCCACUUUCCCCACUUCCGCGGGGGAGCUCUCUUGGGGGCUGCACAGGUGUUCCUUCAGAUAGAUGUUCCUCUUAGAUGUUCCUGGUGCAUGUUGUCUCUCUCCUCCUUUAUAGUCCUCUUCCACCAAUCCCAACUCUGCUACCCACACGCCAAGUACGCUGCUCUCCUCCAAUCAGGAGUAGGUCCUACAGUUUAUUGGUUGAACUGGAGGCAGCUGUGUAGAAGCUGUUUCUCCCUUCUCAGCGCCAUAUUGUGGGAGAGCAGAUGCAUAGAAUAAGUCUUAAUUCCAGUAACUUAGUCUAGUCCGAGUUGCUCCCCACAGCCCAGGUUAUUGAUAGACAUUCUAAUGUACGAUGUCAGGGAUCAGCCCAGCAUCUUGUCAUUGACUCGGGGACCCCGUGCACCUACUGAAGACAUAGAUGGAGUCCCCGGGGACCCCGUGGACCUGCUGGAGACCAGGAUGGGGCUCCUGGGAGACCUGGAUGGAGUUCCUGGCGCAGGCUCAGGGCCCUGUGUACCUGCUAGAGACCCGGAUGGCGCUCCUGGGGGCCCCAUGCACCUGCUGGAGACUGGGAUGGAGCUCCUGCUGCAGGGACAGGGUCCCGUGAACCUGCUGGAUACCCGGAUGGAGCUCUUGGGGCUCUGUGCACCUGCUGGAGACCCGAAUGGAGCUCCUGGUGCAGGCUCAGGCCCGUGUGCACCUGCUGGAGACCCGGAUGGAGCUCCUGGGGCCUCGUACUCCUGCUGGAGACCUGGAUGGAGCUCCUGGUGCAGGGACGGGGCCCCGUGCACCUGUUGGAGACCCGGAUGGAGCUCCUGGUGCAGGCUCGGGCCCGUGUGCACCUGCUGGAGACCUGGAUAGAGCUCCUGGGGGCCUCGUGCUCCUGCUGGAGACCCGGAUGGAGCUCCUGGUGCAGGCUCAUGGCCCGGUGUACCUGCUGGAGACCUGGAUGGAGCUCCUGGUGCAGGCUCAGGCCCGUGUGCAGCUGCUGGAGACCCGGAUGGAGCUCCUGGUGCAGGCUAUGGACCCUGUGCACCUGCUGGAGACCGGUGUCUGGAGCCCUGCAAGCACCCAGGGGAGCUGGAGACAGGGCCAUGUCAGAGUCUCUGUGAGGCCCUCCGUCUUUCUCCCCUCCCCCCAGCUGCUGUUCCCCGUGUGGAGCCACGAGUGCCUGAGCAGCUGCGCCUUGUGGUCCGCUCGGCGCUGGCGGCCAAGCAGGGGACAUGUCAGGCACCGACCCGAGCCAGCGGCUUUGCUGCGGCUUGCGUGGUCAGCUGUGAGGCCGAUGCCGAGUGCCCCGGGGGCCGGAAGUGCUGCCCCAAUGGCUGUGGGCGCACCUGCCAGGCUCCCCGGGGGGCCUUCUGAGACCACAGACCAGCGAGUCUGGCUGCCCGAUGUCCGGCCCGGCGGCUGGUACCAGUUCCGAGUGGCUGCCGUCAAUGUGCAUGGUACCCAGGGCUUCACCACUCCUGUCAGGCACUUCCGGUCAUCCAGAGCUCCGUUGGCCCCACUGGCCCUGGCCGACCUGCGUGUGAACUCCACCGUGCGCGAUGCCGACGGGACCGUGGCCGCCACUGUGAUCUGGGAGCCCCCCGAGGACCCCGACGUCCCUGUGCACCACUACAGGGUCUCCUGGGGCCACGCAACCGAGGGGCAGUGGCAGAGGAAGUUGGUGGACGGGCACUGGAGUUCAGUGACCCUGCAGCACCUGCGCCCCGGUAGCGUCUACACCGUGCAGCUGCAGCCACUGGGGGCCGACGUGGCUGCGAGGCCCCAAGGCUGCCCUGCACUUCACAGCUGCCAGCGACAUAUUGUCCCCAUAGGGCCCCAGCUCCAGUGCAAGGCAUUGACAGAGUCAGCAUCACUUGGACUUCCCAGGAGCCUUUGCAGUGAGUGCUCCUGUCAAUCAUGGGUUAUCAGCAUUUUGAACGGACUUCCCAGAAGCCUUUGUGGGAAGGGCACCUGUCAAUCAUGGGUCACCAUGGAGACACCUCAUGGACUUCCCAGAAGCCUCUGCAGUUGGGGCUUCUGUCAGUCAUACGUCACCAUGGAGACGCCAAGAGGACUUCCUAGAAGCCUUUGCAGCAAGCGCUCCUAUCAGUCAUGCGUCAUCUGCGUGCCUAAUAGACUUCCCAGAAGCCUUUGCGGUCGAGGCUCUUGUCAAUCCGUACACAGUUCCAACUCAUACACACAAGACUGCCACACCCAUGAACAUGCAUGUGCAAACCUGGCUACAUAUGUGUGCACCCACAUGGCAGCCACACGCAGGUCCGGGGUCACGACCUUUGAUGGAGAGGCAGCCGAGAGACCCCAGGGUCACAACCUUUGAUGGACAGGCGGCCAUGUGACCAUGUGACUUUUUUUAUUUAAUUCUCAUCCCUCCCAGUUGGGCCAUGUGGAAAAUUGCAAGAUGGCUUUCCUGUCACCCCGUUAUUUACUGACUGCAAUAAACGUGGUCAGGGGUC